UCCAAGAAAGCUCGGGGGCCGCGGCGGCGGAGACGAUGAGAGCAGCGAGCGGCGUCUUCUCCGGGUCGAAGCGCACGACAGUUCGUCGCAUUUCAUACUUCAUCUGAGAAAUCCCUAACAGUCUCCUCCGCCUUCUCCGGUGAUGGCCGCGCGCAAUUAUCUCCCGCCCCAAAGCGCCGCCAGGCUCCGCCACUCCUCCCUCGAAGACCCUCGCCUCCUCCCCCGCCUCCCCCAGGUGGCGGCGCUCGAGGACCGCGCCGCCUCCCAGCACCGCGAGAUCCAGUCCCUCCUCGCCGAGAACCAGCGGCUCCUCGCCACCCACGUGGCCCUCAAGCAGGAGCUCUCCCUCUCCCAGCAGGAGAUCCGCCGCCUGUCCUCCGCCGCCGCCGAGGUCAAGGCGGAGCGGGACGCCCAGGUCCGGGAGGUCUACGAGAGGUCCUUGAAGAUGGAGGCCGAGGUCCGCGACAUCAAUUCCAUGGCCGCCGAGCUGGCCCAGGUGCGCCCACGUGCGCUCAACCUCGGCGCCGAGCGGAAGGAGCUCAUUGUGCAGUUGCGGUGUCUCGAGGAGGAGGUUCUCCGGGCGGCGUCCGAGUUGAAGCAGGUACCCCUGGUCAAGUCCGAGAUCGAGGCCAUGCAUGAAGAGAUUCAGAGGGGAAGAGCUGCUCUUGAACGUGAGAAGAAGACACAAGUUAGUAAUCUGGAGCAAGCUAAGGUGAUGGAGAAACAUAUGUUGUCUUUGAAUCGUGAAAUUGAAAAGCUGCGUGUUGAACUUGCUAAUGCAGAGAGAAGAUCAAGAGCAGCAGCAACAGCAGCAAAUCUAGAUCCUGGAUAUGCCCAAAACUAUAGUUCCCCCGAGAUAGGAUUUGGAGGAAGUACUCACCCCAACACUUACGAAAUGCAUCAGGGUCAUGUCAACCCUGGAGGAGGCGCCCAAUAUGGGCCUGGAAUCAUGCUGCAAGGAGGACAUGCACAUAGAUAAGAUCCCUGCGAUGAUGUGAAGAAACCAGGAUUCUUGAUUAUAUGUGAAAAUAAUUCGAUCCAUUCUUAAAAACGAAUAUUUUAUUUUUUUUGCUCUCGGAAAAACUGAUCGAGGUCUGCAAAUUUUCUGUGACUUCUUCCUUGUAAAUCCACAUGCAGUUCAUUUCA